GGAUAGGUUAUCCUCUUACGUUUGUUGGAAGCACAUUAGGGAGAGAGAAAGAGAGAAUGUUUUUUUCUUGAAUGGUCCCAGCCCACUAAACGCUUGUGACAAAGAACACAAAACCGAACCGACGUAGAAAGCACAGUUUUGUUUUCCUCCCCUCUGCUUCACUUUCGUUUCUUCCUGUUCUUUGGCUCUCCUCGGCUUGCCAGAGGGCAGGCGCUCUAGCGUCUGUGUGUGUGUGUGUGUGUGUGUGUCCCAGCGCUGAUCUUUCUCUGCGCACCCAUAAUGAACACACUCCCAGCAUACUCGGGAGCCAGGAUCUCAGGCUGCUGGGCUUUUAGGGCAGAUGGAAGUGGCGGUGGGGAAGGCUCUCUGGACAGGCUCCUCCCAUCCGUCAACACCAGCCUGUCACCACGAAAGCGGACCACCAGCCAGUGCAAAUCAGAGCCUCCACUGCUGCGGACCAGUAAGAGGACCAUCUACACCGCCGGACGCCCACCGUGGUACAAUGAACACGGCACCCAGUCCAAAGAAGCUUUUGUUAUCGGGCUUUGUGGAGGCAGUGCCUCAGGCAAAACAACAGUUGCUCGUAAAAUUAUCGAGGCCUUGGAUGUUCCUUGGGUGGUUCUUCUGUCAAUGGAUUCCUUCUACAAGGUUCUGACGGCCGAACAGCAGCUGCUGGCUGCUAAUAAUGAUUACAACUUUGACCAUCCAGACGCCUUUGACUUCAGCCUGCUGGUGCACACUAUCCGCAAACUCAAGCAGGGCAAGAGCGUGAAGAUCCCGGUGUAUGACUUCACCACACACGGACGGCAGAAAGUAUGGAAAACGGUGUAUGGGGCCAGCGUCAUUAUAUUUGAGGGCAUCAUGUCAUUUGCAGAUAAAGAGCUGCUGAAGCUGCUGGACAUGAAGAUCUUCGUGGACACAGAUUCUGACAUCCGGCUGGUACGGAGGCUCAGGAGGGACAUCACCGAGCGCGGCCGGGACAUCGAUGGAGUGAUCAAACAGUACAACAAGUUUGUGAAGCCAGCCUUUGAGCAGUACAUCGAGCCCACCAUGAGACUGGCAGAUAUCGUGGUGCCUCGGGGUGGCGGCAACAUGGUGGCCAUUGAUCUUAUAGUGCAGCACGUCCACAGUCAGCUGGAGGAGAGAAAGCUCCGCUGGGAUAUGGCAGCCCUGGCGUCUGCCCAUCAGGCCCAGCCCCUUCCACAGACCCUCAGUGUUCUGGAGAGUACUCCGCAGGUCCGGGGCAUGCACACCAUCAUCAGAAAUAAAGAGACCAGUCGAGACGAGUUCAUCUUCUACUCUAAGAGGUUAAUGCGGCUCCUCAUCGAGAGAGCGCUGUCCUUCCUUCCAUCUCAGGUUCACAUUGUUCAGACCCCACAGGGAGAAGAUUACGAGGGCAGAACCUUUCAUGGGAAGAGGAUAACAGGUGUGUCGAUUCUCAGGGCGGGAGAGACCAUGGAGCCCGCACUUAGGGCCGUGUGCAAAGACGUCCGCAUCGGCAAAAUCCUCAUCCAGACCAAUCAGGACACAGGAGAGCCGGAGUUGCACUAUUUGCGUCUGCCCAAAGACAUCAGCGAGGAUCACGUGAUUCUGAUGGACUGCACUGUGUCCACCGGAGCGGCAGCCAUGAUGGCCAUCAGAGUGUUACUUGAUCAUGAUGUUCGGGAGGAUAAGAUCUUGCUGGUGUCUCUGCUGAUGGCUGAGAUGGGUGUCCAUUCUGUGGCCUACGCCUUUCCUCAGGUCAAAAUCAUUACCACCGCCGUCGACAAGAAGGUCAACGACCUGUUCCACAUCAUCCCUGGCAUAGGAAAUUUUGGAGAUCGUUAUUUUGGCACGGAUGCGCCUCCAGACUGGAGCGAUGAUGACAUGGAUGAGCCCAGCUGCUGAUCAUCUCAGUCACGCCGGAUAUUUGUACAUU